UAGUUGUAUUUUCCUCGGACAGUUUGUACUUUCAUCUUACUUUUGUCAGGUAAUAAGAUCUAUCAGCGGAGAAAAUGUUUGAAUUUGUUUUUCUGUGUUUGGGCAGUGCUGCUGCCGUGAUAUACCUCGGCGGCUACGAGAUUAAACGGAAGGCUGAGUAUCUCAAGAGUGCCACCCGCGUGAAAGAUUUGAGAGGGCUGAGUGAAUUGCUUGAAAACAAGACUAAACCGCUGGUUGUUGCGAUAUCCGGAAGAGUUGGCUCUAGUAGGCCUUUAAAAUGCGAACAUAGUGGCAUUUGGGGUGUUUUUAUGGAGGAAAAGGCCAAACUUGUUUUUGGGACGAGGUCUUUACAUGGUGGUUUGAUGCGCCAUUCUGCAGAGUUUCUAUUAAAACAUAAGGAGGUUCCUUGGUUCCUGGAAGACAGUACUGGCCGGAUAAAUGUAGUUGGAGCCAGAUUUGCCGAGGGUUUUUAUGAUAAUCUAAAAGAGUUUGUGUUUGUCGAGCCCGCGAGUGAACUCAUCAAAAAGUUUGUUAAACCCGAAGGCUUCGUCAAGAUUCUUGAACACAAUUGCUUUGAGCGUGUUCAUGAGCUUGGUAAGCCAUUGACUAUUGUUGGUGAGGCUGUCAAAUACAGCAAUGGAGCUCUCGUGAUCAAAAGACCCACAGAUGGAUCUUUUAUGUUCUUUGAUGGAUAUAGUUCUGUUGAUAAAAUGAUUUCCCUUUUGGAAUCACAAUCUCAGGCUCUAGUAUAUUUCUCCAUAGCCUUAACAGCUGUUGGGACACUUGUAUAUGCCUCGUACGUGAUGCCUUUAAUAAAAAAGUCUUGGUUCCUAGAUAAAUCAGACACUACAGCCGGCCAGAGAGCAGAAACGGAGACCAAGCACAACUCGAUGGGCAAGGCUCAGAGCAAUUAUGCUUUUGGGCUCUGUUUUACCUGUAUGAUCUUAAUUUUGUUAUUGGACACAAAAUAAAGCUGCUUUACCUUCCAGUGUUAUGGCGGAAAUGUUUCUGUAUCAAAUGUAUUUUUAUAUAAUCUAAUAAUGUCUACUUUAUUUGCUAUCAAAUUCAGUUUUAGGCU